ACUUUUCAUAUCAGUAGAUAUACUGUCAUCGACCAGUUAAUAUCAUUAAAUGCAAGUCGUUGACAUCAAUGUAAAUAUUUUCCAAAAUUCUCAAUUGCCUUAAAUGUGUUAGAAUUGGUUGAUUUUUGACGUUAUCUCGUUUAUUAUUAUCCACAAUGCUAGCUCAUCAUAUAGAUGGUAGCAAUAGAACUCAAGAUGUAAUUGCUGUGGAAGAUAUUACAUUCGAGUCUUUGUUAUUAUCUGAGAAUGUUUCGAAGGGUCUAACAAAAAAUGGUUUUAAGAAACCUUCACCUAUUCAGAUAAAGGCUAUUCCAAUAGGAAGAUGUGGUUUUGAUUUAAUUGUGAAAUCUAAAUCUGGUACUGGAAAAACACUUGUAUUUUCUAUUAUAGCUUUAGAAUCUCUUAAGCCUAAAGCUAAGAACUUAGCAGUGUUGAUUUUGACACCAGCAAGAGAAAUUGCUGUUCAAGUUCAAGAUGUAAUCAAACAAUUGGGAUUUUUCUUUAAAGAUCUACAAGUAGAAUCCUUCAUAGGUGGAACGGCAUUGGCACAAGACAAAGUAAAAUGCAAAAAUUGUAACAUAGCUGUGGGUACACCCGGCAGGAUAAAACAUCUCAUCAAUGAAAAACUUCUUAACACCAAUUCCGUUAAUUUAUUUGUUCUUGAUGAAGCUGAUAAACUUCUCGAACAAAGUUUUCUAAAUGAUAUUAACGAAAUUUAUAACAGCUUGCCCUCCAAGAAGCAGAUUAUUGCUACAAGUGCAACUUAUCCCGAUCAGUUAAAAGAACUUCUAUCCGAAUACAUGCUUUCUCCAACACAAGUUACUACAGAAAUACACAGCCCUUUAUUACUUGGGUUAAAACAGUUUGUUACUAUCAUCAAUCAAUCAUUUAGUUCUGUACAGAUAAUGAAAGCCAAAAAUGAAAUUUUGUGUAAGAUACUAUCAGAUAUAUCUUUUACGCAAUGCCUACUUUUCACCAAUUAUCAAACUAAAGCGGAAAGUCUCAAUAACAUUCUAAAUCAAAAAGGUUGGGCUGCUACUUACAUCUCUGCUGCUCAAAAGCAAGAGCAAAGGCUGUUAGCUAUUAAUCAGUUGAAAGAUUUCAAAUGUAGGAUUCUGAUAUCAACUGAUUUAACAGCUCGUGGUAUAGAUGCUGCGAAUGUAGACCUAGUUAUCAAUUAUGACAUUCCAAAUGACACCAUGACGUACCUUCAUAGAAUGGGAAGAGCCGGUAGAUAUGGAUCAAUGGGUGUAUGUAUUAAUUUAGCUUCUAAAGGCUCUGAAUUACUAGGUCUACAAGAAAUUCUUGGAAAUAUUGGGGGAAACACUUUGCUUAUACCCAAAUUACCAAUAUUUGUUGGUAGCAUUCCUGAAUUGCUUAAAAUAAGUAUACCUCCUGAAGAGCAUAUCUGUAGUAUAGUAAAUGUUUCUAAGGAUAAAACUGCGUUUAAUAGAAAAAUUUAUGAAGAAAAACCUGAGAAUAUAAAAAAAUCUAAAUCAAAAAAGACACCGCAAAAACAAUCAGAUAAAAUAGUUAAUAUGCUGAAUGAAACAAGCGAAGUUGAAGAUAUUAAAAAACAAGUAUCUGAUAUGGAUGCAAACCAGAUUUUAGAUUCUUUAUUAAAUGAAAACUUCAAAUUAGAAUCCGGUACGGAAAUUCCCGAAAAAGAUAAAAAAUUUGAUGCUCACGCAGUUAUGGAACUACUAUCGCAGAAUAAUCCAAAGACUAACGAAAUUAAAUCUAAUGAUUAUGUUAAGAAGAAAGUUUCUAUUGAAAUACAAGAUGAAGAAUCAUUGAUUUUAAAAAAUAAAGCUCUGUUUAAUGUUUCACAAAUUUUGAGUAGUUCCAACACAACAGAAGAUCAAUUAUGUAUUGAACAACAUUUGAACAUUAUAAAAACUAGAGAUAAAAAUAAAGUUAAUGAAAUGUCUCAGCAGUCAAUAUCAGAUAUUUUAAAUAUAUUGGAGCAUAUUACAGACACCAAUAACACUGAAAACACCAAUAACAUUGAAAAUACCAAUAAAACAGGUGAAAAAAUGCUGGAUUGUAAAAAUUAUCAACCGUCUACCUCGAAGGCUGCUGCUGAAGAAUCCAAUCUUGAUUUCGAAAACAUAUUUCAAUUUGGACAUGACAAACUCGUAUAUUCAAAUGAUAACACUUGGAAAGAAGUUGUAACCAACUUAGUUAAAAACAAACUCUCAACAUCCACAGUAACUUGUGAUAAUGAAAAUUAUAUUGAAGAAUACAUUGAUGAAGAUGAUGAAUAUAUUGAUGAAGAGGAAGAAUAUAUUGAAGAAGAAGAAUAUGAUGAAGGUGAAGAAUGUAUUGAAGCAGAUGGAGUUAGUGAAGAUGUUGAUACAGCAAAAAGUGAACUUGAUCAAAUUCCUACUCAUGUUUCAAAGAAACCAAAAAAAGAAUCAGUUAGUGAAGUUGAAGAAAUAGAUCCAAUGAAAUGGAUACCUGUCAAAAAAGUUCCCACACCAGAAUUUCAAGUUAUACCAACCUGUAUAUUAGAGACACGAAAAAAUUCGAAUGAAUAUGAAGAUUACGGUCGUUAUUUUGAAGAAUGUAGCAACAACUUGUGGGAAAACGGGUUGAAUUUCGAUAGACCUUAUGUGUUUAAUGAAUGGUUUACUUAUGAGUGGGAAGUAGAACUUUACGGGAUUAGGAACUGUGUACAACAAAGUAUUUAUCUUAAAGAGAUGGCGAAGUUUCAAAAUAACCAAUCUGGAGGUUAAUUUAGGAACAAAUGUGAACCAAUAUUUUCUUUUAUUUUAUAGAGUUUUGAUUUUUAAUAAUAAACUAUAAAAAAAUUGCCAA